AUGACUGGGGUGCAGUCGCCCUUCUCGGAUCGUGGUGGCACAGCCACCGCUAAGGGCGGCGCUAAUGUUAGCUGCCGCCUCAUGCUUCAGGGCUGCGACCAACACCCUUCACCGACACCCGCCCGUCCGAGGUGA